AUGGCGUCUCCCAAAGGUCCCUUCCAUCUAGUCACUGUCAAUACGGCACCCGAGCGGGCCAAGCGCUUGAUCGGGCGCGUCGCAGAGAAUCUCAAAGACCGAUAUACAAUCAUCCACGUGGACAACUGCGAAUCCAUCGACGAGGUGGAGACCAAGGUCAAGCAACAUCAGCCCGAGGUGCUUUUCAGUGCAUCCAUGUGGACCGAUGAAGAGGCUAAGCGGAUCCAUGAGAUUGCUCGAUCAAUCGUGCCGGGUAUCAAGUUGCAUGCCAUUCCCACAGGUCUGCAGGUCGAGCGAGGACCGGAUGCGAUUGUUGAGUACCUAUGCGAAAAGGUCCCGCCUCUUUUGGAAGACUAG